UCUGAGAUUAGGGGAAGAAAGAAAUGAAGAGGAUCAGCGGAGACAUAGAGAGAGAGAGAGAGAGUGUGUUAGGCCGCCGCAUAAUAAUUUCACCUAUAAAUAUCACCACUACAUUCUCUCUCCUUCAGUUUCACCCGCAAGGCUGUAAACCCUCGAUAGGAUUUCCCCGACCCCGACCGACUCACUCUCGCCUACUUCGAAUUGGGGAAUACCUUCUGCCCUAUUGAGUAGUCACCGGCUCAAUUGCAAUUUCGAACGACCACACGAGCACAUACUCGGGCCAAGUGGCAUUGAUAGCUUUCAUGGCCAACAAUGCUCCAUUUCCUGGCAUGCAGCCCCCUCGUCCUCCCUUGUCCCUGGGUCCUGCUCAAGGUGGUCCUCCAUCCAUGUCAUUACAAUUCCGGCCUGCAGUUCCUUUACCUGUAGCACAGCAAUCACAGCCCUAUGCUUCUGUACCUUCUCAUCAAUUCCAGCAGGUUGCUCACACAAACAUUGGGUUGCCUUCUCAUAAUCAGCAAUUCCAGUUUUCUCAACCAGUGCAGCAACUACCUGCAAGACCGAGUAUGGUAGGACCUGGUUUUUUGCCCCCACAGUCAGUUCCUACCCCAGAGGUUCAAUCAAACAGAUCAAGUAUAUCUGUAUCACCUCAGCCGCUGCAAAAUGCUCAGGUUCCUAAUAGUUAUGCAGCGGGUUUAGGUGGUCCACAAAUGCCUCUAUCUGCGCCAUAUACUUUUGGUCCCCCAUCUGGCGGCCAAUUGCAAAGAAAUGAUAAUAGUUCGACCCAUUACCAGCCACUAUCACAGAUGAAUAUCUCUAGUUUUCCUGUUGGGGGGCAACCUUGGCUGUUGGCUGGAAGCCAGGCUGUGACAUCUGUUGUACCUGUGCAGCAGAUUGGCGAACAAUCUUCAGCUACCACUGCUGUAGUCCGAGCAACGACCUUGGAGUCUAUCCCUGCUAAAAAGCGUGCAUCAUUUUGGUUGGAGCAUACUUCUUGUGCUGGGAAAAAGUAUUACUAUAACAGAAAAACAAAGUUUUCUACAUGGGAGAAGCCUAUAGAACUGAUGACACCAAUUGAGAGGGCAGAUGCAUCCACUAAUUGGAAGGAAUAUGAGAGUCCUGAUGGAAGAAAGUAUUACUACAAUAGGGUUACCAAGCAAUCAAAGUGGAUAAUCCCUGAUGAACUCAAGUUGGCUCGUGAGCAAGUGAAAAAUAUGGCAUCUAGUCGAGGACCACAGGCAGGAAAGGAUAAUUCUCCUGCUCCGGCUCCCAUCGCUUUGUCUGUAAUCAAAGAAAAACAUUUUAGUGGUGUCACCUCAUCUUUGUUGGCUGAUGCAGCAGUGUCAAGCCCAAUUGAAGUGGCAACUGUUUCUGAUGUUGCACAGGGAGUGGCAGCUUCUGGGCAUUCGGCCUUACCUGUUGUUCCCUCUGUGGUAACAACAAGUACUAUUGAUGUUGAGACACAUGUGGAGACUGUCACUGAAGUCACCAUUAUUUCAGAUAGUGCUGAAACUUCUCACACUUUAGUCACUACUGUUCUGGAACAAAUGAGUGACAUGAAUAGCAAAACACCUCAGGAUAUUGUUGAUGGUAUUUCCCCUGGGGUCACUGAGGAAACUGAGAAAGGCAAGGGAAGUGCCGGGCAAGUCACUGUUCCAGCCGUGGUCGAUAAAACAGUUGUUCAGGAGGUUUUGGUCUAUGAAAAUAAAUUGGAGGCAAAAAAAGCAUUUAAAGUACUACUGGAAUCUGCAAAUGUUGGGUCUGACUGGACCUGGGAUCAGGCAAUGCGAGCAAUAAUUAAUGAUCCAAGAUAUGGUGCUCUGAGAACACUUGGGGAACGGAAGCAAGCUUUUAAUGAGUUCCUGGUACAAAGAAAAAAGCAGGAUGCCGAAGAGAGGCGCGCCAGACUGAGAAAGGCACAGGAAGAUUUCAGGACAAUGUUAGAGGAGUCUAAAGAGCUGACUUCAUCCACAAGAUGGAGCAAAGCAAUAGCUAUGUUUGAAGAUGAUGAACGUUUCAAAACUGUAGAACGAGCUAAAGACAGAGAGGACCUUUUUGAGGACUAUAUGGAGGAACUCGAGAAGAAGGAAAGGGCCAAGGCACUGGAGGAGAAGAAGCGAAAUAGAAUAGAGUACUUGAACCUCUUGAAGUCAUGUGACUUUAUUACGGCAAGCAGCCAGUGGAGAAAAGUUCAAGACCGCUUGGAGGAUGAUGAAAGAUGCUCACGUCUUGAAAAAAUUGAUCGUUUGGAAAUUUUCCAGGAAUACAUACGCGAUCUAGAGAAAGAGGAGGAGGAGCAGAGGAAAUUACAACUGGAUGAGUUGAGAAAAGCAGAGCGUAAGAAUCGUGAUGAAUUCCGCAAAUUAAUGGAAGGGCAUGUGGCUGAAGGCAUACUUACUGCUGAAACUCACUGGCGGGACUACUGUAUGAAGGUCAAAGAUUUACCGGCAUAUCUGGCUGUCUCAUCAAACACCUCAGGUUCAACAGCAAAAGAUCUUUUUGAAGAUGUUGCUGAAGAGCUACAGAAACAGUACCUGGAAGACAAGGAUUGGAUAAAAGACACAAUGAAAUUGAAAAAGAUUGCUUUGUCGUCAAACUGGACACUUGAAGAUUUUAAGGCUGCAAUCAUAGAAGACAUUAGAUCUCCACCAUUAUCAGAUACCAACUUGAAGCUUAUAUUUGGUGAAUUACACGAAAGAGCGAAGGAGAAGGAGGAGAAAGAAGCUAAAAGGCGCAAACGCCUUGCUGAUGACUUUAAUGUUAUCUUGUGUACUUCAAAGGACAUUACUGCAUCUUGCAGAUGGGAGGACUGGAAACAAAUCCAUGAAUACAAACAAGAGAGCUGGUUCAUUGAGGAAGAGAGCUUCUUCAGGGAGAUCUUUGAAAACUAUGUAACUGAGCUGAAAGAAAAGGUGAAGGAGAAGGAAAGAAUGCGAAGGGCUGAUAAGGCCAAAAGAGAAAAAGAGGUAAACGAUAGGGAGAAGGAGAAACAUCUCCAGGAGAAAGGAAGAGGAUCUGAAAGGAAAAAUGGUAAGGAUAGAAUGCGGAGUGAGAAGUCUGAUGAUGAAACUGAGUCUUAUUUUCUGGAAGAGAAUAAAAGAUCUGGAAAAGAUAAGGAGAAGAAACAUCGGAAACGGCAUGGGAGUUCUUUGGAUUAUUCGAGUUCAGAUGAAACGGAGAAAGAUCGGUCUAGAAGAUCUCACAGGCAUUCCAGUGAGCGAAAAAAAUCAAAGCAGAUGGAGCGCCGUAGCACUUCCAAGCCAGAUAGUAGCCAAAACAAGCACAAGAGACACAAGAAAGAUCGCCGGAGUGGUUCUCACAGGAAGAGUGAUUAUGAGGACAGGGAUUUUGGUGAGGAUGAUGUGGACGUUUGGUAGUUAGUUAUCUUCAUAUAUACCACCAUGAGAGAGGUGCAUGGUUUCUUGCUUGCUUGCAUUGCAUUGCAUCUUUGUAAAUAAAUAUCUUCCAUAUAUAUAACUGCAUAGUUUUUUUGUUUUUGUUCUAGUUUACAUAUAUAAAUUUUAUUGUAUUUGCAACAAAAAAACAUUCAUUCUUAUUUAACUUUUACAGUUGACGUUGCUCCAUAAACCAUAGAAAAUGGGACGUCCCUUAGCUCUUUGAUUU